GAAGAACGAAUUUUAUAUUUUUAUAAUACGUAUAUUUUACAAAGAAAUUGAAAAUAAAAAGAUAAUUACCAAAACAAUUUUUAUAAAAUCUCAACGUUUUCUACCAUAUUUACAUCUUGACAAUUCCGACAAAUUGACAGAUGUUUAUAUUUUUUUUUGAAGUUGACUAAAAUUAAAGUUCAACUAUGAAUAGACUGUCGAGACUUUUCAGUUUAAAAAACUUUAUUAAAUUGAAUAAAUUCAGAACAAGCACAGUUAAUAAUUCAAGUUUCAAUGCGUGUCGAAAAUUAUAUACAAAUCCGCAGUACGUACAUAACCUUAGAAAUUCAAACUUCAAUGGUAAAAUUCUAUUAGCGUUAAAUAUAUUAACAUGGUUGGGGUUUACCAAAGAUGACGAAAAUAAGGAAUCAGAAUUAAUAAUGACUUUAAAGAGAGCCGUGUUGUGUAUGCAGAGAGAACAAUAUGAAAAAGCCGAACAGAUGUUACAUUUAGCUUUACGAAUAGCUCAACAGCAGCAGAACCAACAAGGUGUAGUCUACUGCUACGAUUUGAUGGCGAAUUUGGCAUUUGAUCAAAACGAUUUAGUCAAAGCGAAUAAAUUAUUCAAAUCUGUCUUACAAAUUCUACUCGCAAAUGGAAUGCCUGAUGAUGAUAUUAAAGUGAUCCACAUCAGUUUAAAACUAGCUAGGAUUUGUCAAUUAGCGGCCGAAUUAAAAGAAGCUGAAAUCGGUUAUACAUGGUGCUUACAACAAAUUGAUAAAAAAAGAAGUGAUAAUAUCCAUGCAAGUAUUCUUUAUGGUGUAAUAAACGAUUGGUAUGCCCAAUUUUUAUUAGAUAAAGGUGAAGUAAAUAAAGCAUUAGAACGAUUACAGGAGGCUUAUAGAAUAUGUAGCGAAUUGAUUGGGAAGAAUACUCAACAGGCAGUAUUAUUAUUGAAUGAUUUAGGGACGACAAGUUUUAGAGCUGAAGAUAUGGUAAACGCAGAAAAAUAUUUAAAAGAAGCCGUCAAUAUAGGGAGCACUCUAGAUGAUAAGUCACAUUUAGGGGUUGUUCAGGCGAAUUUAGGUUUGAUUUUGUUGGAAAAGGGAGUCAUAGAUUUAGCUGAAAAGAAUUGUAAGGAAGCAUGGCACUUAGGAAGAAAACACGAAAACGAAGAAUCUAUACACCAAGCGAGUUAUUGUUUAGAUCAAAUAAAAAUGAAUCUUGAAGAAAGACUAAAAUCCAAAUGAUUUUUUUUAAACAAUAUUUUGCUAGUUACAUGUGGAUAUUAAUUUAUUUUUUAUAAAAAUGGAUAGAAAAUUAAAAAAAAUAUAUAUAAGGGUAA